CUCUCCUCUGGAAGCCCCAAGGGCCAAAUUCCAUACCCCCCAUGGCGAAAAGCUCCCACCUUUUCCUCCCCACGCCUCUUUAUUUCCCACCUCCCCUCGUCUCUCCGCCUCUUCGCCCCACUGGCCUCGGCCUGCCCCUCCUCCAAGUCCACCCAUUCGCCUCGAUCGGCGCCCCCGGGUUCUCCAGCCUCCCUCCAGUGUCCAGUCCCGCGUAGCUGGAAACAAUCGAGUCAUGUUGAUGUUGUCAGGCAUGGUAGAUUCAGUUUGGCAUGGAUUUGGAUCAAGUUUGCAUUCUGAGAUAGAUCUCAGAGGACAUUUAAUUGUGUGACAUGAAGUCUGUUUGUGGAUUCUGUUUUAUGCAUAGGAUGCAGUGCACAUGAUUUUUGCCCGUAGUGCUGCAACAUCAUCGUUUCUCGUUCGGGACCAGUAAGCCUAUUGCUCAUGGACAGAGCUGAUACUUCAGGCUUUCUUGGUAGUGGCUCACAUUGCAAGAACAUUGACGUGUGCUUCCAUUUUGUGUAUACUAUAUACUUUCUCGGUGGUGAAGUUGUUAAACUGGGGUUUUGAUUGUUCGGCAGAAGCUAUUGGCCACUUGACAGCGCUCUAGUCUUUCUCUGUCCUAAUCCUACCUUAUACAUAUAUAUGUGUACUGGGAUGGACCUUAAUAUGACAAAUCUUUGGCUUCAUGGGAAGGAACAUAUAGCCGCUUCAUUCUCUCAAGCUGAACAGAGCUCAGAAGCAGUUGAGACUUCUAGAAAAUCAUUUGGGCAGAGGAGUCGAAGUUCCCCUGUUCCUGAUGAUGACUGCAGGCUGGUCCUAGGACUAGGACCAAUGCCAAAUCUGUAUUCUGCUGAUAGUCAAUCAUCCGGUGGGAACAAAGUUAAAUUAUCUGGAAUUUUGUUCACCCAACAUUGUACUGCAAGUGAUCCUGGGUUACAGGUGGACACUUCAAGAGGCAGCUCAAGAAAUUUACAGUCCACAACAGUGCCUGGCCGCAAGGAGCAUUCACAUAAAAGAAAAAAUGGUAUUGUAUUCCCACAUAUUGGCGAGGGAUCAACUUCAGCCAAAAGGAAGCCAGGUGAUUAUGAGCUGUCACCUCUGUUUGCUCCAAGAUCAGAUGGUCUUUUUAUUGAUAGAACAACGGCAGAGCCUGAUGUCCAGCAACACCUUGGAACCGGAUAUGAGGCCGAUCAUGAUUUAUCUCUUGAGCAGCACGAGGUUGAGCUUAGCCCCGAGCCUUCAGCAACAACUGGUUGUUCUUUUGCCGCAACUUCAGAUACAGUAGAUAGUACUGAUAAUGGGGAGCAGAAAAGUCAUCAGCGCCAUCUCAAGAAGUGCAGGUUCAAUGGGUGUUCCAAGGGCGGAAGGGGUGCCUCAGGGCUCUGUAUUUCCCAUGGCGGCGGUCACCGGUGCCAAAAGCCAGGUUGCAAUAAAGGGGCCGAGAGCCGAACUGCGUACUGCAAAUCUCACGGAGGAGGAAAGCGGUGCCAGGAGCUAGGCUGCACCAAAAGCGCCGAAGGGAAGACAGAGUUCUGCAUCGCUCAUGGCGGUGGGCACCGGUGCAGGGUUCAGGAGUGCUCCAAAGCAGCGCGGGGAAGAUCAGGAUUUUGCAUAAAGCACGGUGGAGGGAAGAGGUGCAUGAUGGAGGGCUGCACCAGGAGCGCCGAGGGAUAUCCCGGGGUGUGCAUCGCACAUGGAGGUGGUCGCCGGUGUCAGUACCCGGACUGCAGCAAGGGAGCACAGGGAGGCACCCUGUUCUGCAAGUCCCAUGGUGGAGGCAAACGGUGCAUAUCCGAAGGUUGCACCAAAGGGGCCGAGGGCAGCACGUUGCUAUGCAAAGGCCAUGGCGGCGGGAAGAGGUGCCUCUUCGAGGGAGACGCGGCAUGUCCUAAGAGUGUCCACGGCGGAACCAGCUUCUGCGUGGUGCACGGAGGGGGCAAGCGCUGCGCCGCACCAGGGUGCACCAAGAGUGCUCGUGGUCGCACCGAUUGCUGCGUGAGGCAUGGCGGCGGCAAGCGCUGCAAAUCCGAUGGGUGCGGCAAGAGCGCGCAGGGGAGCACGGACUUCUGCAAGGCGCACGGCGGGGGCAAGCGGUGCGCCUGGGGCGCCGCCGGCUGUGAGAAGUUUGCCAGGGGGAGGAGCGGUCUGUGCUCUGCUCAUGGAAACCUGACGGCCUCGAAGCAGGGCCUAAGCAUGACCGGGCCUGGCCUCUUCAGCGGGAUCGUCGUCGAGGGCAGCGGCGGCAUGGACCAUGUCAUCUCUUCUUCUCUCCCCGGCGCCUCCUCAGACUGCUGCGGCGAGUCGUCGGGAGAACACAUGCAGAGUGGCAGGCUCAUACCGCCACAGCUGCUGGUUCCUGGCUCCCUGCAGAAACCAUCGUCUUCGUUUAACCUGUCGGGCAAUGGCCACGAAGAAGAAGCUGGUGUUAGCCGGGACCAGAGCUUCGGGUUCGUCGUGCCGGAAGGAAGGGUGCACGGUGGAGGCCUCAUGUCGAUGCUCCGAGCAGGACACCUGGGAAGCAACAUCAACAACCCGGAAUCCUGAUGAAAACGACACAUCUUGUGUGUGGUUUGAGCAUAUUAUGAUUCUGUGCCUAGCAACCGUAUUACUCUUGACCGUCAUUGGGCUUUGAGUAAUCCUUUGAGCAUAUAAGACUGUCAGCGUGUAAUACUUGUGUACACAGCUUCGGUGUACUAGUUUCCUUGUGUACACAGCUUCGGUGUACUUGUUUCCUUGUGUACAGAGCUUCAGUGUACUUGUUCGUCUAUGAACGAAAUUGCAUUAUCUUGAA